AUGACAUCUUUUGGUGCGAAGUCUAUUAGUGAAGGGGGAUGGAUGCCUACUUUCAAAGUGCAAGGCCAAGUUUACCACUUAAUGGGAUCACUUUUGGCUGAUCAGGGAGAGCCACCUCAGUGUCUACAAAUUAACUUUUUUGCUGACUACAACGAGCAGGUUGAUGCGCGUCUCGACAUUCUGCCUAGCGAUAUUUCCGUCGGUCCCCGUAGAGACAUUCUGUUCCGUCUACAAGACAUGCUUCACGAAACUAAUAGUUACAUCCGAAACUUAAAGUUUGCGUUGCAAAACAACUCUUCUCCCUCUUUCAGCGUUGUCAUCGAUGCAGACAGACGGCCUCACGGUGAGCAUGAGCGUCGCUUCAAUGCUCCUGCAUGUAAUGAAGUCGCCGCAGUCAUCCACGGUUCAUACGACUGUCUCCAGUACCCACUUCUUUUUCCAUACGGAAGCGAUGGGUACUACUUCAAAAUCCCAAUAUACCAGGAAAGCAGCGAUUCCAUGUCGACCUCAAAGACGGUCUCCUGUAGGCCUUACUACGCCUACAUGUUUAUGGUUAGGGAGGGUGAAUUUAACCACUUGCACAGGUGCCGUCAAAUAUUUCUUCUAUUCGCUGUUGACAUGGCUGCAAAAAUAAAGUCGGAGAGGUUAGGAUUCAUCAAGUUAAACCAAUCCAAACUUAGAACCGACUCCUACAUUCACCUUCGUGAUGGUCUGCGUUCUGAUGGUGACCCACGCAAUCUCGGCAAACCGUGCAUUUUGCCUUCCUCUUACACUGAUGACCCUCGAUACAUGCAUGAAAGGACACAAGACGCAAUGACCUAUGUCCGUCAUUACGGGAGGCCUGAUUUGUUCGUCACGUUCACGUGCAAUCCGAAAUGGGUUGAAAUCACACGCGAACUUUUUCCAGGUCAGCAGUACUCACACCGCCCUGACCUAAUUGCCCGCGUUUUCCGGUUACAGCUGUGUAAACUUAUGGAUUUAAUCCUUAAAGGGCAAGUCUACGGACGCGUUGUCAUAUGUAUACAGUGGAAUGGCAGAAACGCGGUUUCUCCCAUGUCCACAUUCUACUGUGGCUCAACGAUAAGCCAGCAGGAGUGCUUUUACCUCCGCCUUCUACUUUAUGAAAUUGCUAGGCCAACGAGUUUCACAGAUAUUCUCACUGUCAACGGCAUAGAGUGCCAGUCUUAUAGAGAGGCAUGCUUCUGUUUGGGAUUGCUUGAAGACGACUCCCAAUGGGAUGCAGCCAUCGCGGAGGGUGAACUUCUCAGAACGCCAUCACGGCUUCGAACGCUGUUCGCCAUUUUGCUUUUGCGAUGCGAACUAAGCGAUCCUCUGUCGCUCUGGCUAAAGUACAGAGAAUCCAUGUCAGAGGAUGUGCUGUUCUCCGUUCAGCAUAACAGCCCAGGAGUUGAAUGCGGUUUCACUGACAUCAUAUUCAACAGAGCGCUGGUGGCCCUGGAAGAUGUUUUCGAACUGGGAGGUGCCUCUUUACCAACUUACGGUUUACCGCCACCGCUCAGAGACGGUUUUGACACUGUACCAACUGAGUUAUUGCGGGAAACAUCCUACUCCAUCGAGAGGCUGAACGCAUACAUUACCGAAAACGAGCCCAAAAUUCUACCUGAUCAGAGGGUUGCUUUCACUACCAUAACAGACAGGGCAAACGGCUCCAGUGGAGUUAAUAUCUAUCUAUCUAUCUAUCUAUCUAUCUAUCUAUCUCUGUUCGUAUUUAUGUAUGUAAGUAUCUAUAUCCCUCUGUUAAUACUAUCUAUCUAUCUAUCUAUCUAUCUAUCUAUCUCAGUCAGUUCAUUACUGCCUGUCUAUCUGUCUCUUUCUCUCGGUGUGUUCAUAUCUAUCUAUCUAUCUAUCUAUCUAUCUAUCUAUCUAUCUAAAUAUGCUCUUAUGUUACUUGAUGUUUUCGGCCUGCGUGCUGCACUGUUGGAAGGUGCCCGAAAUUCAUAUUACAGUAUAUUAGCCAGCGCCCUAGAAGACGUGUGCUCGGAAGCGAAUAACCGGCAAAUAUGUAUGUAUGUAUGUAUGUAUGUAUGUAUGUAUCAAUCUAUUUAUGGAGGCACUGCAAUGGUUAUACUCGACAAAUCACACUGUUCUUAUCUAUCUAUCUAUCUAUCUAUCUAUCUAUCUAUCUAUCUAUCUAUCUAUAUAUAUAUAUAUAUAUGCAUACCAGGGGCUUCACAUCGAAACAUUGAUGCUGCUGCUGCUGCUGAUGAUGAUGAUGAUGAUGCUGAUGAGGAUGAUGAUGAUGCUGCUGCUGCUGCUGAUGGUGAUGAUGAUGCUGAUGAUGCUGCUGCUGCUGAUGAUGAUGAUGAUGAUGAUGCUGCUGAUGAUGAUGAUGAUGCUGCUGAUGAUGAUGAUGCUGCUGCUGAUGAUGAUGAUGGUAAAGUUGCUUUCAUACGCCUUUCUUGA